GGGGACUCGGUGUCGAGUUCCUUGUUUGGACCUCCACACCAUCAACAAACGCCCGUUGUACUUUCAUUCUAGAAAUCUACUCACACCAAUCCGCCGAUCCUUUCUGCAACCGCUCAUUAUUAGCCCGCCGAUACUGCCUGCUAGCCAGCCAGCCAACCGGGGAAUACGACCUAGGCCCUUUUAUUACACCUCCCAGUACAGUCACCACCCAACAUCGAGGCCAGGAUGACGACCAAGCCGGUCCGCUGCCAGUUCCUCUGCGAGAAGAGGCAGCUUGAGUUCAAGCAUGACAUCCCCUCGUCCCUGGUCGGGCCGGCUGCCCUCGGCAACCCUGCCAUGCCGCAGAUGUUCACCACCGUGAUGCGGCCCAUCGUCAUGGAGCAUGCCGAGGCCUCACUCAAGGCCUGUGAGGACAAGUGCUCCUCAAAGGACUGCAAGCGGGACGCCACCACCGUCGUUGCCACGCCCAUGUCGUAUCUCCACAAGGCCGAGGACCCGUUCGUGAUCAUCAUGACCGUCGCGUGCUGCGGCAAUGAGGACUGCGACAAGACCCUCAAGCAGGAGGCCGCCGACCUCAUGAGGCAGAUGACAGGUGGCCUCCCGGGCCAGGCCACCGCUAGCUUUGGCGUCGCGCCAAUGAGCCGGAACUCAAAGUGCUACUGCGGCUCGGCCCACAAGUUCAAGAAGUGCCACGGCAAGGAACAGGCCGCAGCUUAAAAGGAGACUUGUUCCUUCAUUGUGUCUGAGCCCCAGCCCCCAGCCUAGCUCAGAGCGUGCGCGUGGUGGCGGGCUAAAAAUUGCAUGGACCUCGACGAGCAGGGUCAGAAAGCGUAAAGGAAAAGAAAAAGCAUCUAGCAUUUGUUACUUAUCACCUGGGCCACGCUGGACUUUGGCUAUGUAAGCACCCUGGGGCAUCUUGUGAGAUGGACGAGCCAGGCAAACGCCACUGCUGCAUGAGUCCAAGUACCUGGCCAUUGAGCCGGGUUGCGAGGAAGAUAUUGAUGUGCAAUGGAUGUUUAUUUAGGGACCAUCUGACUGCCAUGAACACACUUCUUUGGGUAGACGUUCCCAGCAGCGGUCUCUACCUUGUAAAUGUACCCGAGGUUUUCUAGGGCCCUUUGGGAACAUGGCGGAUCAAAGAUGCAUUUUCAAUCAUAUCUUGCAUCCUCGUUGCCUCUUUUGGCACCAAGUAAUUGUCGGUUUUAAUUGUAUUACUAUGAACAUUUAACCUCGCGCAUUUGUUCACACUCAUUGAAUAUACUACCGCCAUAGACUUGAAAGAA